UUCCUAAACCCCUUGUGGAGCUCCAUGUGAAGCUGCUUAGAAAACUGGGGAGGUCUGUGACUGCAGACCGCUGGGAAAAAUACCUGGCCAAGGUCUGCCAGGAGUUGAACAGUACCUGGGCAUGGGAGCUGGAACAGAAGGGCUACCAGGAGAUGUCCAUGGAGUGCAAGUCAUGUAUCCUCAAAUAUCUCUGCGAGUGUCAGUUCGAUGACAACCUAAAGUUCAAGAUGGCAAUUAAUGAGGAGGACCCAGAGAAGAUGCGUCUGCAGCCCGUAGGUCGGGACCAGCAGGGCCUGAUGUACUGGCUCCAGCUGGACCAGGAGCAGAACAUCCGGCUGUACACAGAGGAGCAGGACGAUCUGGACGGAUCCACCUGGAAGUGCAUUGUCAGGACUCGUAAUGACCUGGCUGAGGCUCUGGAGCUGCUGAAGGCCCAGGUUGAACCAAAACAGAAUCAGGACCAGGACCAGAACCAGAACUUGACUGGAUCCAGGAGUGCCAGCCCUACAGAGAAAGAUUCAGGUAUUUUAGGCAAAUGAGGCAAAUGACGAUUUAUUGCUUGUCACAGAGGGCAAUUUGUGAAAAAAAUUAAUAAAUAAAAACACAUAAAGCACAAACAGUAUGACACAGAAACAUUCAUUAAUUGGCAUUGAUCUGUGCAGCGGGUGACUUGCACCUGUGCACAUUCAAGCUCCACAGGAGCAGAUUAAUGAUUGUCCACCAGAACUCUAUAGAGCCUAUAAUAAUUCAGUGAGCGUUAAAUAUGAAAAACAUCUCCUGAUGACAUAAACCAUUUCCAGUGUAGUAAACAGUGCAAUCAGCUGGUCAUGACAGUCACAAAUGCAGCAUCAGGACGGGCAUCAUGAAGGCCGAUGCUGUAGUAUAGCAGUACAAUAUGUACUGUUAGUGUCACUCUCACAUCAACAUUAUCAUUAUGAACAUCAUCAUACUACAAAACAACAUGUACCAUAACUGUUGCUAUAUCAUCAUAAUUGUCGUCAUCAUCACAGCUAAUGGACAACCAGAGCAGUUACCUCCUUCUGCUAUCAGUGUUUAAAGCAUGAAUGGAGACAGGAAUUAAUUUCUACACAAAUAUUGCUGUAAUUUAUUUAUUUAUAAGGGACCAUGUACAGUAAAAAAACAUACGUUUUACCAUUUGAUGCAGUGUACCAGAUUAUAGCUUAAACCUAAUUCGCAUCUGCAGUCCUUCAGCAGGUCAGAACAAUUUACAGCACAAUGACAUGAUAUAAAGUUGUACAAAAAAAAGAGAGAAAACAAAAGAAAAAAAAAACCCACACAAGACAAAAUACCCACAACUGCACGUUAAAAACAUAAAGUGAUGCCACGAAGAAGAUGUGAGAUAGACAACGCAACAUAUUACUACACGAAAAAUACACGCACAAUACACACAGUAGUGAAUGCUUGUCAAAUUAAAGACAAAUUUAAAAUCCGGAUUUCACGGUCAGUGAGUACAGA